CCACUCGUUGCGCGAUGCUCGAGUUCGCGUUAGAGCCAUCGGCCGUCUUUUGGAUGAGGCGAUGCUCUCUCACCAGCAAGCCAUGCACGCCCUUCAAACCGUUUCUUUCCUGGAAACUUCUAGGAACUUGAAAGAAGAUUGUGUUAAGCUUCAGAAACCUGAGAGGCCAGAUGGUCCUGAGAAACUCAAGUCAUUGCAGAGCCCAGAUGGCUCCGCGAACCCCGUUUGCAAUGGGCGAAUGAAUCUCGAGUUUGCAAGGGAUUGUAGUUUUGGUGCGGAGGGUCAGAGCAGCGGGGGAAGGGAUUGUGAUGGUGGGAAGCCCGUGGCCUGGCUCUCAGAUGCGGAGAAGAGUGCGAUUUUGGAGCAAGAACAGGUGGUUGGCGAAGUGCUUGCGAAGGUGGACGAACAGUUGCGAGCGCUGCAUGACAUGCUCAAGAACAUAACGUGCGUUUGCAACAAGGCGAGCAAUGGGCUUCCACCAAAAUGGUUCGAGGAAGGAUCUGAGGACUUACGGGGAGGAGGUGGAGGAGGAGGAGAAGCAGUUAUUGCUGCUGCAGCAGCGGCUGCGGCGGCGGCAGUUGCGGGAAGUAUUGGAAACAAGGUUCGGUUAGUGUUAGUAGAGGAUGUUGUAACGAGGAUGCAAGAGCAGCAGAGGCAGCAGAAGCAAGUGGAAGACCUGAAAGGAAUCAAAGGUAGAGUUACUCAUAGCAGCAGCCAGAGACACGAGCAGUUGCAUGAAGAGCAGCAAGGGCAGCAGCAAGAGCAGCAGGAAGAACUUAUUGCAGCAGCAGAAGUGGGUCAAUUGAAAGAGAAACUGGGGAGUGUGAGUGACGGCAGUCUGAAGCUCGAAGCCGAAGUGAACACGCAGAGAAGCUGGAUAGACGAGAACGAGAAG